GGAAGAUUGCGUGCUGUUUACUAUGGCCGUUUAUUAAUAAUCUUUUCCAACGUUCAACGUUACACUAAUAUAGUUUUCGCUUAGAGGUGCUUUGAUAACUAAAAAGCGCGUAUAGAAAUUGUAUCUAUCUUGUACAUUGAAGUCUAGAAACGAUAUUAUCUACAGUGAUCCCGUAAUUUUAAGUCAUGACUAUUGUAUCAGUGUUUACAACUGGAGUUUUAGUUUUCCAUACGGCCGUCGAAGUAAUAUGGCUUAUUAUAAUGCCGGCAGCGAAUUGAAUGCAACUAGUACAGCCGAUAUCGUAGACGAGGACGAAAUCGUUGAUGAUCUUUCUAUAGUUCCUUUAGAUAAAGACAGCUUCGCAAUAUGUGAGUUAUGUGGUCGCAUUGGGCGUCGCAGACAGUUUUAUCCCCGUAAUAACAAGUUCUGUUCCCUGCGAUGCCACGCCAGUAGGACAAGACGGAAGCAUUGUAGCUGGAGAUUUAAACUUAUGGAGGGUGCCGAGCACAUGGCAGGGCUCAUCCCCCUGGAGCCUCUGCCCCAGCUACAGCAGUGGCAUGCUACACUUAAUGACAUUCAGGCUGGUCCUAUUAAGCAGCCAGCAGCUCAGGUUGCCAACAGCUAUGAAUGGAAGGAUGAGCUCUUUGGCUGUGACUUCCUCGCAGCACCAGUCAGUCUAUUCAAACAUGCUCCCCUGCAUGAAAUGUGGGAUAACACCUUUGAAGGAAUGAAAGUUGAAGUCAAGAAUACAGAUUGUGAUAAUUAUUCAGAAAAAAUUAAUGACUUUUUUUGGGUUGCUACUGUAUUGAAAGUCAAAGGGUACAUGGGACUCCUGCGCUAUGAAGGAUUUGGUAGUGAUGACUCAAAAGACUUUUGGGUGAACCUAUGUUGCUCAGAAGUCCACCCUGUUGGGUGGUGCGCGACUCGCGGCAAGCCACUCAUACCUCCAAGAAGCAUAGAAGAUAAAUAUACUGAUUGGAAGAAAUUCCUGGUAAAGCAGUUAACAGGUGCUCGUACGUUACCAGCUAAUUUCUACACCAAACUAAAUGACAGUCUCAAGUCGCGGUUCAGUAUUGGCUCCAUAAUGGAAGUUGUGGACAAAAAUAGGAUAUCACAAGUUAAGGUUGCCAGUGUUGUUGAAAUUAUAGGUAAAAGGUUACACGUGAAAUAUUACGACAGUUCUCCAGAAGACAAUGGUUUUUGGUGUCACGAAGACUCCCCACUCAUCCAUCCAGUCGGCUGGGCCUUCAGGGUCGGCCAUCCGUUGGACGCCCCUCAGAGUUACUGUCAGAGGGUUGCUACAGGGCGAUUUUUGCCUAAUGAUACAACUCCAGAAAUGUUUUACAAGUACCCCACAAAUGAGCCUCCGUUAUUUGUGGAAGGGAUGAAACUUGAAGCCAUUGACCCUUUGAAUCUGUCAGCUGUGUGUGCUGCUACGGUUAUGCAAAUUUUGAAUGAAGGGUACAUGAUGAUCCGAAUAGACUGCUACCCAGCUGAUGCGUCGGGUGCGGACUGGUUUUGCUAUCAUCAAAGAUCACCCUGCAUAUUUCCUGUUGGAUUUGCUCUAGCAAACAAUAUACCAUUGGUGCCGCCCGCUGGUUACACGGCAGAAGAGUUCAGCUGGGAGGAGUACCUCUGCGCGUGCGGCGGUCGAGCUGCGACGCGCGCUCUGUUCGCCGCUCGCGGCCACCUCGUGUCGCACGGCUUCGUGUGCGGCAUGCGGCUCGAGUGCGCCGACCUCAUGGACCCGCGGCUCGUGUGCGUGGCCACCGUGGCGCGGGUCGUCGCCGACCUGCUCAAGGUCCACUUCGACGGCUGGGGCUCGGAGUACGACCAGUGGCUGUGGGCGCACAGCACGGACAUGUACCCGGUGGGCUGGUGCCGCGCCGUGGCGCACCGCCUGGAGGGCCCCAUGCAGCCGCCGCCGCGCCAGGCGCGCAAGCCGCCGCCCAAGCACCACCGCCGCCGCCGCCGGCACCACCCACCGAAAGCCCAGCCACAACCGCCAAAUAUAACCGAAGACAGCUCCCAAAAUUCCGACAUGGGCGACGCAAAAAGCUUGUCACCACCCACUAGCGUGUCCGAGGUAUCCGCCGACGUGGAGUCGAGACACGACGAUACGGAAUCGAGACCCGAUGACACGGAAUCGAGACCCGACGACAUGGACUCGAGGCCAGAUGAGUCGGAGACGAGACCUGAAGAAGAGUCAAGACCUGAUGAGGAGUCCAGACCUGACGAUAUGGAGUCGAGGCCGGACUCGGAGCAGAGAGCGGACGAUGGCGAGUCGAGACCUGACGAUAAGAUGGAUGUGGAAGAGGCGCCUACCGAAACCUCGCAUGAGCGGUUGAGCGAUCAGACGAAUCAAGAGUCUAUGAGCAUACCCACGGACUCGUCGCAAGAGUCCAGCGGGCCGCCGGGCCCGCCGUCGCCGGACACGUCCAGCCCGGGCGGCGCCGCCAAGCUGAUCCCGCGGCUGGCGGACGCGGCGGCGGCGCGCGACGCGCUGAGCUGCGUGGAGCCCGAGCGCUGGACGCCGGCCGACGUGGCGCGCUUCCUCGCCGUCAACGACUGCCAGCCCUACACCGACAACUUCACCAACGUCACCGGCCCCGUGCUCCUGCAGCUCUCCAAAGACGAAAUCAUCGAACUCCUCGAGAUGAAGGUCGGCCCCUCCCUCAAAAUAUUCGACCUCAUCCAGCAGCUAAAAUGCAAAAUUAAACAACCUCAGUGUAGAUUAAACUUCAAGUGAGGCGCGGCUUCGAACCGAGGAUUCGGAGGUGACGGAAAUCUGUGGCCUUUAAUGCACUUACAAAUAAUCGUGUCUUUUCAAGUGUGUUGGUGAAGUGGGACCCUAUUUGACGCGUUCAUGCACAUGCACAGCAGACUUUGUCAUGUUAUGACACUUCGCCUUCAUAUUACAAAGAAGUCUGAAUAGGGCCCUCGCUUAGUUUUAUAUUGUCAUAGGCAAUGCAGAUGUACAGUUGCAAAAUGGGAUUAUGGCCAGUGAGGUUUGAGACGCCAUGGGCUAUCUGUUUACUGUCCUACUAUCCCUACUGUACGGUUUGCCGCUGAACAGUGUAGAUUCUAUGUAAUCAAGUAAGCUGUCGCAAGUUUUAUUGCAUUAUUUAUAGACCGGUCGCUACUGUCAUAUUUCUUUUAGUCUUUACAUUUCAAAGUUAAUCUGCUGGAGGUUAUUGCGGCGUAUUUUAAUCAUUCAUUAUCGAAAUUAUCGAUAGCUUGAUAGCUUUAAGCAGUAAAUUUGCCAGUACCGGCCGCUUUACUUUUAAACUUCUAAUCCAUAUUUAUUUUAAACAUACAUCGGUAAUUUUAACUUUUACCCAUUUGAUACGUGUGAGGAAAGGGGAUAGCAAUGAUUUUUUGUUAGCUGAGAUCCUAUCGCCAGUAUGUAAGUAAACACGACUUCCUUGCUUGUAAAUCGUAAGUAAUCUAGUAUUUUAUGGCAAACUACCAUUUGUGGGCGCCCGAAAUAUUUUUAACACCAAGUUUUUACAUAGAUGCCUUGAGAUAUGUUUGUUUGGGUUAUUCCCGCUCGUUACCACGAAGUUGUUGCCAGUGGUAUCAACUGGAUUUUUUUCCCACCUUUUACAUGUGGUAACUACUGAAAAAAAAAACACCCAAACCAUUUAACGGUGAACGAGAGAAGUCAGAUAUCGGGAUUUAAAUCAUGAAAAAACAAAACAAAAUUGUGGUAUUUAGUCUUACAUCCUCUUAUACGGAUAUUUAGUCAUCCCUUUAGUUCAUUAAUAUGCAUGCCUAAUUAGUUACUUAAUCAAACAUAUGAAUUAUGAAUAGUGUAUUUAAAAUAUGUGAUAAAUCCCAUUUUGCUUAGAAGCAAUAAUAGUUACGGUGCUUAGUGUUAUUCUUAUUGGCUUUGCUAUUUUAGGGGUAGAGGCUUACCUCCUAUGGUAAGUGGGCUGUUCUUUGGGCAUAGGUGGUGUCUUUAUUUGAACGUAUCUCAGUAAUCGUGUACUAUAGUAAUAUUUUUGUAUGUAGAUUAUGUCUGCCAUAUCAAAAUACUGCCAGUUAACGCAAGGGAUGUAUGAUAUUUCGAAAUAAUAAUAAAAAAUAUAUUUCGUGUGUGUGUCGAAAAUAA